GAGCGAGAGAGAGAAGAGUGCAGAGAAGCUGGUCCUGUUUGCUGCUUCAGAAUUUGUCAGUGUCUUAUUACGACACACGCAUCAAACCAAACUCGUCAUCUUUUUGCGACCAUUUUAUAAGGUGGUUUCUGGCUACAUAUGUCAUGUAGCGUCUCUGAAGCCCGAAGCUUGAAGGAGUAUAGUUCUAUUGCAGCAACUGAACAUGGUUCUCAGGAUCUCUCUUCCGUUUCUGGCCUUAGCUUUCUUCCUGUCUUCGCCCACCGGAGAGGCUGUUGUUUUCAAAUAUCUGGCCGUGUUCAACUUUGGAGAUUCCAACUCCGACACGGGUGAGCUUGUUGCAGGGAUGGGCGACCAUCUUGACCCACCUAACGGACAGACCUACUUCCUCAAACCGUCUGGACGAUUCUGCGAUGGCCGCCUGAUUGUUGAUUUCCUAAUGGAAGCAAUGGACCUACCGUUUCUAAAUGCCUACUUGGAUUCAGUGGGAGCGCCAUCUUUCAGGAAGGGUUGUAAUUUUGCAGCUGCAGCCUCUGCUAUACUCCCAGCAACAGCAUAUUCAAUCAGUCCAUUUUCAUUUGGGAUUCAGGUGUCUCAAUUCAUUCAAUUCAAAGCUCGAGUUCUUGACUUGCUGUCUAAAGGCAAGAAACUAAAUAAAUACCUUCCCCAGAAAAAUUAUUUCGAGCAGGGGCUUUACAUGUUUGACAUAGGCCAGAACGAUUUUGCUGGUGCAUUUUAUUCUAAAACGGAGGAUCAAAUUAUUGCUUCAAUUCCAACAAUUUUGUUGGAGUUUGAAGCUGGAAUUAAGAGGUUAUACGACCAAGGGGCAAGGAGGUUUUGGAUUCACAAUACUGGUCCUCUGGGAUGCUUAGCUCAAAAUAUUGCCACAUUUGGAAAAGAUCCAUCUAAGCUUGAUGAGCUAGGAUGUGUCAGCUCACAUAAUCGUGCUGCUAAUCUUUUCAAUUUGCAACUUCAUGCUCUCUGUAAAAAACUACAGAGUCAAUUUCCGGAUGUAAAUGUUACUUACGUUGAUAUUUACUCAAUAAAGGCCAACCUUAUUGCAAAUUAUUCUCAAUAUGGGUUUCAACAACCAAUAAUGGCUUGCUGUGGGUAUGGAGGUGCACCAUUGAACUAUGACAGUCGGAUCUCCUGUGGCCAGACGAAGACUUUGAAUGGGAGCUCAGUUACAGCCAAAGGUUGCAAUGAUUCAACUAAAUAUGUAAACUGGGAUGGAAUCCACUACACUGAGGCUGCAAAUCGAUUUGUCUCAACUCAAAUACUGACUGGAAAAUAUUCUGACCCACCUUUCUCGGACAGGAUGCCAUUCCUUUUCAAACUCAAGUUCUAAGGGGCCAAUUUUCUAUUUGUUAUUUUCAUCAUCUAACAAAUUGUAUUUAUUUUUAUUUUUCUUAGUUUUUUUUUUAUUUCUAAGUGCUAUUAUCCAUAUUUAAGAGAAACUUUAUUUGUAAAUUAGAGCUAUAAAAUGCAGUAGUAGUAUCUCAUUCUUUGUGAUUAUAUAUUAUAAGAUUCAGCAUCAC